GGAGAGUGGCAUCAUUCGCUAGCCGGGAACAGUUCGACGCACAGGUGUCGACUUCGAUUCCACUUUUUUUUUACGAAUCCCAACCAGAAACAGUUUAACGCCGAAAUGAAGGUCUUCAUCUGCCUGUUGGCCACCAUCUGCGCCUGCAAUGCCACCCUCCUCUCCUUUUUGGGAGGCGGCGGUGCCGGAGGAGGAGGAGGAGGCGGAGGAGGAGGUGGUGGCAGCAAGGUCACCUACAACGUGAUUGCCACGCCCACAUCGGGAGGAGGUGGAGGCCAUGGCGGUGGUCAUGGCGGUGGUCACGGAGGUCAUGGCGGUUAUGCCGAGGGUCAUGGUUACUCCCAGGGAGGUGGACACGGACAUGGACAUGGACACGGUGGUUCGGCGCAGAUCAUCAAGGUGAUCCUGCAAGAGGGUCAGGGAUACAGCAACGGAGGAGCAUCCUCCAGCCAUGGACAUGGACACAGCUAUGCCAGUGGUCACUCGCAUGGUCAUGAUCAUGGUUCCUACGGCGGUCAGCAGGCCCAGAUCUUCAAGAUCAUCGAACAGGCUCCAGUGGCUCCAGCUCCUGCUCCCGUUGCCAUUCCCAUUCCCAUUUCGAUUCCCGCACCCGCUCCUCCAGCUCUGCCCAUUGCCUACCAUGCAGUGAGUUCCGGUGGUGGCUACUCCUACGACCAGGGACACUCGCACUCCUACGGCCAGUCGUAUGCCUCCGGCCAUGGUUACGGCGGCGCCUCCUCCUUCGAUGCCCAGCAGUUCAACGCCAUUCUGCCGCAGAUCAUCCAGCUGGUGCUGCAGGAGGAUUCCCUGGGCGGCGGUGGUGGCGGCGCAUCCAGUGUGGACGCCAUCAAUGGCCAGCUGAUCAACGCCUACGGCUCCAAAGGCAAGGCCAUCGUUUUGAAGGCGGACCAGGCGCAGGGAGCCUUCUUCAAAAGCGGUCAUGUGGUGCAGCGUGGAACUCUGAAGGUGAUGCGCGUCCAGGAGCAGCAAUCCCAGGCUGGCGGUGGUGGUGGCGCCAAGGGAGGCUGGAGUUCCGGCGGUGCUGGAGGUGGUGCCUCCUCCGGUGGCUGGAGUUCCGGUGGCUCCUCCUCCGGUGGCUGGAGUUCCGGCGGUGGUUCCUCUUCUGGAGGUUGGAGUUCCGGUGGCGGAGGCUCCUCUUCCGGUGGCUGGAGCUCCGGUGGCCCACCCUCCGCCUGGUAGACGCACUGCUGCGAACCCGCCCGCCUAGUUAGUUAGACCAAAUGAAUUGUUUUUUUUUUAUCGCUAUCUUCUAUCCCUAUCGUUAUGUAUUUUUUUUCCUAGGCUAAUUCUUCACAGUCAUUAUCAGAAAACAAAAAGAUAAACAAAACAUCCAUCAUUGUUAACCUAAAUUAUUUGUUAAUAAAAACAUUUUGAAACAA